AUGUCGUCCAUCAUGUCGUCCAUGCCGUCUCUUGCGUCGGACCUGACGCUCUCCGUCAAGCCUACCACCAUUGCACUUGGUGUCGUGAUUGUUGGGUUGGUUGCUCGAUUGCUCCUCGUCGGUAGGCGGCCCAAGAACUACCCGCCCGGGCCUCCCACACUGCCCAUCCUCGGCAAUAUCCACCAGAUGCCCACCCAAGAUGCCCAUCUCCAGUUUGAGAAGUGGGCACGCGAGUAUGGCCCGAUUUACAGUCUCAUUCUUGGCACCAAGACAUUGGUCGUGCUUUCAAGCGACCGGGCUGUCAAGGAUCUCCUUGAUAAGAAGAGUGGAAAAUACUCUCACCGACAAGAGAUGGAUAUGGCAACCGAUGGCGAACGGCAUUCUCGUAAAAUGAUCCACGGCCUCCUCAACGUUUCGGCUGCAAAGUCGUACGUGCCGUACCAGAUCUUGGAGAACAAGCAGAUGCUCCAUGAUUUGCUGGUCGACCCGGACCGAUUCCUUUACCACAUUCGGCGAUAUUCCAAUGCCUUAACCACUACAAUGGUCUUUGGCUGGAGGACGCCAACCUACGAGGAUGAGAAGAUGAAGCAGCUGUUUGAAGGCUUCUCCGCCUUUGCCGACAUCAACCAAACUGGUGUAGCGGCCAUCCUUGACUCCUUCCCGAUCUUGAGGAUGCUUCCCGACUUCAUCCUCCCUCUGAAGAAGACGGCUAAGAAACUUCACAAGGAAGAGAAGGCCCUUUACCUUAGCCACUGGCUCAAGGUCAAGGACGAGGUUGAGAAGGGCACCGUCAAGCCUUGCUUCUGCGAGGAGUUGGUAGAUGUGCAGAAGUCCGAGGGCUUCGAUGAUGAUCAAGCAGCCUACAUUUCUGGAACCCUGCUCGAGGCUGGAUCCGAUACGACUUCUAGCACCUUGUACGCGUUUAUCCAGGCAAUGCUCAUCUUCCCAGAAGUCCAACAGAAGGCCUACGAGGAGAUUGAGCGUGUGAUCGGAUCAGACCGCAUGCCAACGAUGGAAGAUGAGCCAAAUCUCCCAUACAUCCGGGCCUGCAUCAAGGAAUCUCUUCGCUGGAUGCCGACUACCAUUCUUGGAGCCGUACCCCAUGCUGUUACCGAGGAUGACUAUUAUGAUGGAUAUCUUAUCCCCAAAAACGCUGGCGUUAUGAACAAUGUUUGGGCUAUCCACAUGGAUCCAGUUCGCCACCCCGACCCCCGAAGAUUCAACCCGGACAGGUACAAGGACGACCACCAGAGCUUGGCGGAUGCUGCAGCCAACCCCGAUGCCAGCAAGCGUGAUCAGUUUACGUUUGGAGCUGGACGCCGCAUUUGCCCUGGCAUCCACGUUGCGGAGCGAAGUCUUUUCCUCGGCAUGUCCCGCAUUCUGUGGGCCUUCAAGAUUGAGCCUACUCUGGACAAGAACGGCAAGCCGAUUAUCCCUGAUCACAACAAGCUCACCCAGGGAUUCGUCUGCAUGCCCGAGCCUUUCCCCGCCAAGUUUACUCCCAGGACACAGGCCAAGGCGGAUCGGGUGACGAAGGAGUGGAAGGAAGCUGAGAAGGAAUGCUUGGACCCCGUGACGAAGCAGUGGCGAUACUCUCCCAUCCCGUCCAGGUCCAGGAAGGCGAGGAACAUGUAA